AUGGAUGGUCAGUCUGAACGCACGAUGCAAAUAUUGGAAGAUAUGUUAAGAGCAAUCGUGUUGGAUUUUGGAGUUUCUUGGAACUUAUACUUGCCUUUGCCAGAAUUUGCAUACAAUAACAAUUACCAGACGAGUAUCAAGAUGGCGCCGUUUGAGGCAUUGUAUGGGCAAAAGUGUAGGUCACCCAUUGGGUGGUUGGAAGUUGGAGAAAGGAAAUUGUUGGGGACGGAGAUGGAUUUUGAAGGGGUUAAUCCAGUGUUUCAUGUAUCCAUGCUUAGAAAAUAUGUUCAAGACCCUUCGCAUGUGAUACAACAUGAUACGAUACUGUUGGAAGAUGGGUUGAAGUACCAAGAGCAACUUGUAGCUAUAGUGGAUUAUCAAGGCCCAAUAAAGCAAGGUGCUCCCAUUGAUGCAUUCAUAAGAGCACAAGUUUCCACUGUUAGAGGGCAUGGUAGGCAGGUCACGACCACUAGAUUUGUUAGCGAUGAGUCACUUGUAGUAGCUAGUAAUGAGGCACCCAUAGAGGAGCACGUUGAUACUCAGUCUCAAGAUUUGAGAGAUGAGGUACCCAUUAGGGAGUUGACCUUGGCAGAUGUGGUAGCUAACCUGCAAGGGGUUAAUAGGGUAAUAGAGAUGAUGGCCACUCAUUUGGAUGACCUUUAG